AUGACUCAGCCGAGACUUCGAGGCUGCUGUGAUAGCUGCACCAAAAGCAAGCUCAAAUGCAGCGGUGAGAUGCCUUGUUGCCAGCGAUGUCGGAUACGAGGUCUCGACUGCGUAUACAGCCAAGCUCGGAGAGCUGGGCGUCCGCGUCUGAAGCCCAAGACAAGCAAAGCAUCAAUGACAGCCUGUGUUCGCCGGGAACCACAAACCAGUCUCACCAGUUGUAUCAAACAACCAGUCAAUAGCCUGCCAUGUCCGAAAACCGAAUUACCGAUCGUUUCAAAUCCAGAAGUUCUUCUCUGCCCGCCAGACUCUCAAGGCAUCGCAUUCUUGCUAGAAGAUCCUUGGGCUUCAACACCAUGUCCCAGCUCAGACGUCACACAGCCCUCUAGCAUCUGCGAUUCUGAUGACUUGAUACUGCAGAACAUGCUGUUAAGUAACACUGAGGGCUUUGACUUGUCUCCUGGGAGUCUGAAACAUGAGCGGGGGCAAGACCAUGCUCUAUUCAACGAUGGCUUGGAAAAUACAUGUCCAGUACAUGUUGCAACUGACGGGGUCGUACUCGACCAUAGCUCUGCAGGCUUAUCGGGGCUCUGCACGGUAGCGAGUGAGGACGCAGAGAAUACCAGUAGCUAUAUAAGCGAAGUCGAUAUAGAGAUCAAUGCCAUCAUGGCCACUAUCACGGAUAUCGCCAGACGACCCAUCGGAUCAUAUCACCUCGGUGACCACCCAUGUGCAACCUCUUGGCCACAGCUACUGGCCAAAGCCCAACUACUUAUGUAUACCACUGGAUCGGGGAACUCGUCCUCUCUACGUCUGGAUGCAGUACUACAAGUCUUGUGGGCGGCCGAGCAGGUGCAAAAGCGAAUUUUGGGAUGUUCAACUUGUAUAUCUCGAAGCAUGGAAUUGUCUAGUAUCUUGGCUUUACUGUACGAUUGGAUCUCAUCUCGGAUUGCUGACGCUCUGGAGGAUCUUGCUGCUCUCCAGAGUUGCCGUCUGAAGAUCGGCGACUCGGUCCUGACAGGGCAAAACGGCAUUAUUGGCACAUAUGAACUUGUCAAAUACAGGAUCACGAGAGCGAUUCGCGUUAUAGAGAACAUGAACAACACAAGUCUUACUAUGAGGGAAGUGAAACAAGGUCAAAUGUAUAAAAUGGCCAGACAUCUGCUUGAAGCGGCUGAGAGUCGAUUAGAAGCCAUCUCUGGAAUGAUAGACCUGUUGGAAAGCAAGCAGCUCUGCAGUAUAUAG